GACUAACGGUUACUUCAUAUGGCUUCUAGACAGUGGUAGACGUUCAGAGAAACCGCCAUAUUCUUACAUUGCGUUGAUUGCAAUGGCGAUCAGAGCCUCACCGAACAAGCGUUGCACGCUAAGUGAGAUCUACCAAUACCUGCAUAGUAAGUAUCCCUUCUUCCGAGGCAGUUAUACGGGAUGGAAGAACUCUGUGCGACACAACCUCUCGCUGAACGAAGUGUUUAUAAAGUUACCAAAAGACAUGCUAGACAAACAAAAAACUAACUGA